AUGCUUGACAAGGACUGGUCUGAUGCGGAGCCCAGCAGAAAGAAGCUCAAGAUCGAAAUCCGUAAACAGAAACGAGCGAUUCUCAUUGCCAACGCGCUGUUGCUACGUCGUUACGUAUGUCACGGACUUCUCGAGAAGAUCGCAGCGCAAGAGAUACGGGACCAAAUAUACGGAUACCUGGUUGAGCCUGGUCUGGUCACGCUCGUUGAGUCUUCGGACAGCCUCAGGGACGAGCGUGAGAAAGACCAUAGAUAUGUGGGUAGCCGCCGACAAGCAUGUCUAUCUUCACGAAACGACGAAUAUUGGAGCUUCGACUUCCUCUGCAAGCAGUCUGGGUUACCAGAGAUAUUCCAGUGCGAGCAUGUCGGUCACAAGUUCUUAGUUGAACUAGUGCAGCACUGGUACAGAGUCAAUACCUUCUCCAUCGAGCGUCCCGAUGAUUUAUCUCUUAUCCCGGACUUCGCUAUUCAAGAUCGUUGGCAGCUGGGUAUCGUGCCGCGCGACCAUAUCAAGACUAUAACAUUCCCCAUUCACAUGGCUUUCGUUGAGCGAGAUGCCCAGGGAGCGCCGCCACCGCAAUUGCCGCUGCUACGCAAGGAACUCGAGCAGUUCCUGCAGUUCAAUCCUGGUACAAAGAUCAAUUUCAAGGUCCGGACCAACUCACCACCCGGGAGCAGGUUCAUCAGUAGCGCCUUUUCGUCGCGUAAUAUUGUCUCACGGGUACCGCAUGCAUGGCCUCUUUGGGCACGCAACGAGACAGAGAUACUGGAGGUUAUCGAGGAUCUCGAGAGCGGACUUUUCGAUACGUUCAAGAGACUUUGUGAUGCUGGACUUCUACUGGUGAUUGGUAUGGACCCUGUUGAUGCGGAUCACAAUCUGGAGAUCAAGGUCAACAAUAAGGAGGAGAUCACAUAUGAUUCGUGGGCUGAGAAGGCACUGGCCUAUCGACAGGAAUGGAAGAGGAGGAUUGAGGCAGCGAGAAAUGGAAGGCUACUACGACGACAUUGA